AGUGGUAUUUUUGACCAAGUACGUAAAACGAGACUAUUCGGCCCGCUAUCCGUCAAAACAGGUAAUUAUACCAGUCGGACUAGUUACACAUCGUGACAAUUCCCCCCGCAACUCAUGACCUUACAAAUUUACCUUGAGUGCAUAGAAAAUGAUCCGGUAGGUCGUAUGUUAGUAUAUACACCACCCGCACAUACGCUAAUACGAUGAGCGAUUCGGUUACUAAGUCGACAUUCAAUGUCGGUGUCGUUGGUUACGGACUGUCGGCCACUGUAUUCCACAUUCCCUUCAUUUCAGUCACGCCGUCCUUCAAACUUCAUUCCAUCCUACAGCGUGAUCCCAGCAAGUCAUCAUUAUCUGCCCCUCGGGAUCAUCCCACCCUGAAGCACUUCACUGCUUUAGACCAGUUCCUUGCUGACCCCGACCUCGAUGUUGUCGUCGUCACCACUCCCCCUCAGACACACUUCUCCUUUGCCCAGAAGGCCUUACUAGCGGGAAAGCAUGUGCUCGUCGAAAAGCCAUUUGUGCCUAGCGCAGCUGAGGCGGAUGCCCUCGUCAACCUAGCUAAGGAGAAAGGCCGCCUGAUAUGCGUCUACCAGAACCGUCGGUGGGAUAGCGACUUCUUGACUGUCCGAAAGCUCCUCGCCGAUGAGAGCAAACUGGGUCGUAUCGUCGAGUUUGAGACACACUUUGACCGCUUUCGACUGGAGAAGCCCACUAACUGGAAGGGCUCGCUCGGGAUAGAUCAGGGAGGCUCGGCGCUCUACGACUUAGGCACCCACCUCAUCGAUCAAGUAUAUGUAUUAUUCGGAAUGCCGCAGAGCGUUUUUGCCAUCCUCUCCAGCCAACGAGACGGCCUUUUCGUGGGACCGCAGCAACCGAACCUAGAGCCCGAUAGUUUCACAGUGCAGCUAUUUUACGAAAGCGGUCUCGUCGCCUUCGCGCGUGCUGCCGUCGUGAGCGCCGAGGUGCGGCAGCCGAGGUUCUGGAUCAGGGGAACCAAAGGCAGUUACCGCAAGGCGGGCUUGGAUUCCCAAGAGCCCCAGCUAAGGUCUGGAAUGAAGACGGACGACGCCAACUUCGGACGGGAAAAUGCUGAGUGGAACGGAAAGCUUACGCUCGUCGGCGACAACGGUGAUUUUCAAGAACAAGACUGCCCGAACGUCGAGCCCGAGACCUACAGCAAAAUCUACGAGCUUUUCGGUCAGGCCAUUGUUCACAAUCGCGAGCAGGAUGUGCCCGUGCCGGCUUCGCAAGCAAGAGAUGUUCUCCGAAUCAUUGAAGCCGCCAAGGAGAGCGCAAGGAAUCGGCGUGAGAUCGAAUUAUCUCAGAGAACCUAGGUUCAGCUCGCCUUUCAACUCUCGGAGUACUGCGAUAUGUGAAUGCAAGCAUGGAUAUCGCAGCCCCAGACUCAAAAUCCCAAAGUUUAGCUAAUAUGGUAAUAGAUAUUCCACGCCAGGGAAGAAAUAUGUAUAUAAACUGUCCAUAGUGUUUUAUUUCUGUCGUCAACUCUUGGGCUUCAGGGCGUGCGAGGCUCAAAUACGGACAGUGGCGUACCGAUGCCACACUCAUAAUACAUAACAUAACUUCAUCUGCCUAAUAAGUCGUUCCCUUAUAUAUAACAUCUUCUUAGGUUCUCUUCUGCGGUUAGGCGCCA